UCAUAUAAAGUCUCCUCUUUGAGCCACUCUCUGUCGUCCUCCGCAACGCCGCAAGCGAGCUCGGCCAUAUCAGCCUUUUUUAGCAUCCUUCGGCUUCUAAACCUAAACUGCCUUCAGCCAUGUCAAAGAGAAGGACAAGAGAGCCAAAGGAAGAAAAUGUCACUCUUGGCCCAACUGUCCGGGAGGGAGAGCAUGUUUUCGGGGUGGCUCACAUUUUUGCUUCAUUCAAUGACACAUUCAUUCAUGUGACUGAUUUGUCUGGGAGGGAAACCCUAGUUCGCAUUACUGGUGGAAUGAAGGUUAAAGCUGACAGGGAUGAAUCCUCACCAUAUGCUGCUAUGCUUGCUGCACAGGAUGUUUCACAGAGAUGCAAGGAACUUGGCAUUACUGCUCUUCAUAUCAAGCUUCGCGCUACAGGAGGGAACAAAACUAAGACACCUGGGCCUGGUGCCCAGUCUGCUCUGAGGGCAUUGGCUCGUUCUGGAAUGAAAAUUGGUCGCAUUGAGGAUGUGACACCAAUUCCAACAGACAGCACCCGCAGAAAGGGUGGCAGAAGGGGAAGAAGGCUGUAAGCUGUCUCUCAUCAGAGAAAUUCCAUUUCGGUGGUGCUGCUGCUUUGAUUGCUUGGUGAUGGCACUUUUCAAUUCAGGACGUUUUUGUAGCUUUUCUUAUCCCAUGGAAAAUUGUUGACUUCCAAUUGAUAUUUAAACUUACUAGAAACUUAACGAUAUGGAGUUUUGCUUGUGACUUUUAUGCUCUGAAUGAGGUGGUUCCUUUUAUUGAAGCAAUAUUUUUGUUUAGU